GAAUUUCCUGGUAUAGAUGGACGUAAUGUCCCUGGUCCACCAGGUCCACCUGGACCCCCGGGCCCUGCAGGAGCUACUGGUAUUCAGCUGAUUUAUCUCUUCCUGGUUAUGUAUUUAUUAUUUGGUUCUCUCUAGUCAUACUUUCUGUUUUCACAGACUUAGACCUGGAACCCCUGCAAGAAAGCUUGGUCAAACUGGAGUUGGGUAAGGAAGUGAAUUUCAGAUAGGAAAGUUAUGUACAUGUAUGCAACAUUACAGAUUCUUUAUCUUAACUUGAUCACUUCCGGCACAGCAGGAAAUGGAAACUUGUAGUGUAUUCAGGGUUUAAAAAGGCUUUUAAAGUUUUCAUUUCCACUUAAAAAUGUCAGACUUGAUUUGCCCGAACAACAUUUUUUUUACAAUCCCUACAAAUAAUAAUUAUAAUCCAAAUAACAACUCAUGGUUCCUGUUGCUGCAGGAUUAUUUUCCUGCUGUGUGAAACCGGCUCAAAUGAAGUUACUUUAUAUGUACCGUACUAAGUAUCCGUUCAACAUAAAUUAUGCAGUAUUCGUAAUUUGGGAAAAUGAGGUGUGAAUUUAGUCGUGUGUUGGCAUUUGUGAAAUAUAAAAAGGCAACUUUUGUUUCCACUUUUAGUGUUACACUGACUGCAUUAAUACCUGGUUUCUCUUCAGCCAUAAACUAUGAUUUCACCAGAAGAGUUGACAAGAAGUACUUUGUGUCACACAAGAGACCGGGUUCUUUUGACGACGCUGUUCAGUUCUGUACCAAGAGGGGCUUGGUGUUGGCUUUGCCGAAGAACGAGGAGGAAAACACUGCUCUCAAGCAGGUCUUUGAAGGGACUUUGAAGAAUGCAUGGCUCAAUGUUGACAACAGUAAAGAGGGGAAGUUUCAGGUAGAUUUGAGAGGCCAUCCCCUCACCUUUUCCAAAUGGGGAGAUGGGGAACCAAAAGUUCCCAAUGGGGAUAAGGGCUGUACAAUGUUGGCAGAGUCAGGUGCAUGGCAGGUGACAUAUGAGUGCUCCUUCAAUGCCCUUAUCGUGUGUGAGAUAUAGGGACACCUCUAUGAAAUGCUGUUUCUGAGUUUACCAUGAAAUCUCUAGGUUUUUUCUUGUGUGUAUUUCCAGUUGUUCUGCACCUUUCAUUCUUUCUUUAUUCAAAUUAGUUAGUUCAAAUGAGGGGUAGAAUAGAAAAGGGAAACUUGUGGAAUAAAGCAACAAACAC